AUCAAGUUUUUGAACAACAACAAAACUAUUUUUCUACUUACUGUUUUCGUUGAUUCUUCAUCUUCACCUUCAUCUUGUUUUUAACAAUUUCCAAUCUUGACCAAUUUCAGUUUAUUCCCAUUACAUAUUUGUGUUGAUUGUGUUGAUCAAAUCUUUGCCAACUUCUCAAAUAACGGAUUUAAUUGUUAACAUUUUGUGAUCGUAGUGUUUAUUUGUUUCCAUGUGAUUCUGUUUACAGCACAAACAAAAGAUGAUGUCUAACAUGACAAUUAACAUUUUUAAUCUAGUUUUUAAUUAUCUUUCUUUUUUAAUCAAAAAUCGUCGUUAGUUAAUCAAUGUUUUUUCUUCUCAUUUUCCUAAUUCGAUGAUGUUUAUUGUGUUCAACUUUCUUUGUUCACUUUAAUAACCAAUAGAGAAAUCGAAUCAAUGACAAUUUAAUCUUUAAGAUGAUAUUUUCUAAACUAAGUCAAUUGUUGAGUAAAUCUUUUAACCGGUUAUCACUUUUUAAACUGCAUGAAGCAAUUGAAGCGAAACAUGACAAAUAUGGAUCAAUUCGUGUGGAAGAAAAAUAUUGGCCUGUUAGACGGACAAUCGUUUACGUUUUUAAUCCAUCCGAUAUUGAGAAAAUUUUACGAGCCCAAGGUAAAUUUCCCUAUAGACCUGCGAAUGAAUUUCUGGUCAAAUAUCGUUCAUCUUUACCUGAUCGUUAUCCGACAAUUGGAUUUGGUAAUCUACAGGGUGACAAAUGGUUCUCUCAACGACAGUUAAUUGCUCCUAUUUUAUUAUCCAGUGGUGUUCUUAAUUCCUAUCUACCUAAUCUUAAUGUGAUUACCGAUGAUUUUAUCACUUACCUUGGAUUCCAACAGAAUCAACAAGGUUCCAUCAAUGAUUUAUUAACUUGUACUGAUCAAUUUUCCCUUGAAUCGAUCGCCAUGAUUUGUUUAAAUACUCGACUUGGUUGCUUAUCAACCAUAGAACCUUCAGAAGAUGGUAGAAGAUUAAUUAGUGCGUCUAAAAAUCUAUUCAAAUCAUUUCAAGUUCUUUACCAUGGUGUUCAAUGGUGGAAAUUCUGGCCUACUCCCAGUUAUAAGAUGUUCGUUGCCGCCGAAGAAGAGAUUUACAAUAUUUCUGAUAAAUACGUUGAUCGUGCUUUAAAUGAGCUAAAAAACGAUGAUCAAAAUUCGUGCCAUGAGAAAGAUGAUUAUGAUUUAAAUGAUGACAGUAAAUGUCUGUUGAAAACUUUGCUAAUAACGAAGGGUUUAGAUAGAGACACCGUACGAACUACAGUUAUGGACUUUAUGGUCGGUGGUAUUAACACUGUUUCCACUUCGCUCUGUUUUCUUCUCCAUCAUUUAUCGGUUAAUCAUGAAAUUCAGGAGAAAUUAUUCAAAGAAUUGGUCCAAGUUAUCGGAAACUCACAAGUCGAUGUCAAUGAGACACAUUUGAGUCGAUUACCUUACCUGAAAGCUUGUUUAAAGGAAAGUUUUCGAUUGGCCACAGUUAUACCAAAUUUGGUUCGAAUUCUUCCUGAUUCGAUCUCUCUUUCAGGUCAAAAUGUUCCAGCAGAAGUUCCAAUUAUGUUAUCCUUUGGAGCUAUUUGUAAACAUCCUGAUUAUUUUGACGAACCGGAAACAUUUCGACCUGAAAGAUGGUUAGGUGAUGCUCGCAGAGCGAUUCAUCCCUUUUCUUUACUAACUUUUGGCCUUGGUAAUCGAAUGUGCGGUAGACGAAUGUCCGAAAUCGAGUUGUACAUUGCAACUGCCAAAAUUAUUCUCAAAUACAAAUUGUUAUCAGAAACACCUAAAUUAUUAUUGAAACAAGACUUUAUCAUUAUUCCGGAAAAUCAGAUCAAAAUUCAUCUCGAACCAAGAUGAUUGAUAAAAAAGAACUCCAGAAGAAAUCGAAUCAUCUGAAACUUUCCCUGUUUUCAUGGUGAAUGCUUGGAUCGCCGAUUGGGUGACCAGAUUCAAUAGACUCGAAUUCGAUUAUGCCUCCAAACCAGAACAUAGAACUCGAACCAUGACAAAAGCCCUUCGAACGAUUCUCAACGCAAUUGGAUGAAAAUUUCAAUAAUCAAAUCGAGUGGAAAUUUUUUCGUUAAUUAAACAUCUUCUCAAACAUUGUUCAAUCUUCUAAUUGUUUUCUACUUUAAAACUGUUUAAUCGCCAUUUCAUUUAAUUGAUGUACAAUUAACAUAAAAGUCAAUUUCAAAUCAAUAACUUUUCUCAACGAAUUUAUUUUCAUGAUAACAUUUGAUAACAGUAAUUAUCAUUUUCUCAAAUUGAUUUAUCGUUAAUUAAGUGAGA